AUGUCUUACUAUCCGGGUCAGGGCCACGGGCACGACGGCGGCGGCGGUUACCCCGGCCAGGGGUACGGUGCGCAACAGUUUGGCCACGGCGCCCCAGAGGGCUAUGCGUUCCAGUAUUCCGACUGCUCGGGAAAGAGGAAGGCUCUUUUGAUCGGCAUCAACUACUUUGGCCAGGAUGGCGAACUUCGCGGAUGCAUCAACGACGUUAAGAACGUGUCGGCCUUUUUGACCGAGAAGGGAUACCGGCGCGAGGACAUGGUCAUCCUGACGGACGACCAGCAAGAUCCUAGGAGCCACCCCACCAAGGACAACAUCCUUAGGGGAUGCAUUGGCUCGUGGCCAACGCCCAGCCCAACGAUGCCCUGUUCCUUCACUACUCUGACAGAGGAUCUCGAUGGCGACGAGGAAGAUGGUUCGGACGAGGUCAUCUAUCCCGUCGACUUUAAGCAGGCCGGCCAUAUCGUGGAUGACGAGAUUCACCACAUCGUUGUCAAGCCCUUGCAGCCUGGUGUUCGCCUCACUGCCAUCUUCGACUCCUGCCACUCGGGCUCCGUCAUGGACUUGCCCUACAUCUACAGCACCAAGGGUGUACUCAAGGAACCUAACCUUGCCAAGGAGGCUGCUCAGGGCCUGUUCAGCGCAUUCUCCGCCUAUAGCCGCGGUGAUGUUCUCGGUGCCGCCCAGAGCAUCUUCGGCCUCGCCAAGUCCGCCGUCUCUGGGGAUGGUGCCUAUGAGAAGACCAAGGAGACUCGCACCUCGCCCGCCGAUGUUGUUAUGUGGUCCGGUAGCAAGGAUAGCCAGACUUCGGCCGACGCUACUAUCAACUCUCAGGCUACCGGUGCCAUGUCUUGGGCUUUCAUGUCAGCCAUGAAACAAAACCCUGAGCAGAGCUACGUCCAGCUCCUCAACAGUGUUCGAGAUCUGCUCGAGGAAAAAUACUCGCAGCUACCCCAACUCUCUGCUAGUCAUCCUAUUGACACCAAUCUGCGCUUCAUCAUGUAA